UACAAGCAUGACGUCAUGACAAAGUAUUUAUACUCGGCCUCAACUCCCCCAACACAUUCGUGUUCAGCGGACACCUACGACUCACUGUCAGUUACGGCGAGUGCCUCAUAUCAACCGACGUCCUAAAGCAAGUACGAGAUGGCCCGUACCAAGCAGACUGCGCGUAAAUCUACUGGAGGAAAGGCGCCAAGGAAGCAGCUCGCUACCAAGGCAGCCAGGAAGAGUGCACCCUCGACGGGAGGAGUGAAGAAGCCCCAUCGUUACAGGCCCGGUACCGUGGCUCUGAGGGAGAUCCGUCGUUACCAGAAGUCCACGGAGCUGCUGAUCCGCAAGCUGCCCUUCCAGCGCCUGGUGAGGGAGAUCGCUCAGGACUUCAAGACCGACCUGCGCUUCCAGAGUGCUGCCAUUGGAGCUCUUCAGGAAGCCAGCGAGGCUUACCUGGUGGGUCUGUUUGAGGACACCAACCUGUGCGCCAUCCACGCCAAACGUGUCACCAUCAUGCCCAAAGACAUCCAGCUGGCUCGCAGGAUAAGGGGCGAGAGAGCCUAAGCAGCCAGUGGCAACAUGGCCGAGACAAAUGAUACUAUUUAUCGUACUUAACCAUUUUUGUGGACAUUUUUAUUUCUUGGGUAUUUUUUUACAAGCUUUCUUUUGAAUAUUUUGUAUUUUAGAUUGGGACAAUUCAUCAAUCAUUCCACGAGUACACUUAUAGGAUAGUUGGAAAAGUGUUGUGCAGUAGGAGUGUUUUUGCCUAUUCCAUCAUGGGUCAUUACUACGUUGUACAGCCAUCACACCACCUUCAAGUUCUUUGUGGGCAUCAGGCUCCCGCUUUGACGUGAGGAUGAAUUCUUCACAUCUUCCAUGGGGUCCAGGGUCUCUUCACCAUCACAAAACACCAGCGUGUCCUGCUCGACCAGCUCGCUGCAGUGUCUGGGUUUCGGCUCCUACACUCGGCGACUGCGAGCUUGGCAGACCCCUCCCGUAUUUUUCUGGACUGCUUUUUACAUGUUUUUCAACAUAAAAAUCUUGGCAGCUACAUUUAAUACUAUUUAUGAAAAUGUUGUCGCAUGUCUUUCUAUUAAAAGUCUUUAUGAGUA